CUCCCGCCCCAGCGUCCAAAAUGGCCGCAACGUGCGGUGUGAAUGCGGCUGUAUUUAAAUAAGAGAAACCGGCGGAGCAGCAGAGAGUCCGAGAGGCUGGAUGGAGACCGUUUGUCGCCUGUAUUGAGAAAUAUAUUAGUUACAUAUAUUAUCGACCCAUCUUCUCUCUCUCUCCUCUUCGGAUUGUCGGCGGCGGUUGCCCGCGCGCCUCGAGCCAGAUGAUGAAGAUUAAGCACAACCAGACACGCACCUACGAUGGCGAGGGCUACAAGAAGCGGGCGGCGUGUCUCUGCUUCAAGAACGAGUGUGAGGAAGAGGUGCUUCUAGUCAGUAGUAGUCGUCAUCCAGACCAAUGGAUUGUGCCAGGUGGAGGAAUGGAGCCCGAUGAGGAGCCAGGUAGUGCAGCAGUGAGGGAAGUUUAUGAAGAGGCUGGUGUGAAAGGAAAGUUGGGAAGAUUACUGGGAAUAUUUGAGAAUAGAGACCGAAAACACAGAACCUAUGUGUAUGUUCUUGUAGUGACGGAAAUUCUGGAAGAUUGGGAGGAUUCCGUUAACAUUGGAAGGAAAAGGAAAUGGUUUAAAAUUGAAGAUGCAAUUGAAGUUUUGCAGCGUCACAAACCGGUGCAUGCUGAGUACUUGCAAAAGCUGAAACUGGGCAACUCGAACACGAAUGGAAACUCUUUGGUCUCCACAAAUUCUGUUGGCACAGCUACUGUGUACGUGACCUCUUCCCAAACUUCAGGGAUGUCAUCUGACCUCAGAUGAAAUGGACAUUCACAUCUGGCCUUUCUGCUCUUGUGCAGUCAAUUAGGAAAUUGCAUUCUGCUUUGGAAAGCAGAAUGGUCUAGGUUAGAUUGUAUAUGUAUAAAUACUUUGCAUGAAUACUUGCAGUGUUGAUAUGAAACUUUUUAUGAUGUAAGAUAGUGUUGAAAACCAAAGCCAUACACUGAUUUAUGUUAGCAUUAUUUUGUUAGACAUGCCUUGCAGGCCACUAACUGUUUUAAGAUUGCAUUAUAUAGAAGGGUAUAUUUAAUCCUGUUUCAAUUUUACCAUGCAUAGCAUGCCACAGAUGUGAAAUGACUUUCUAUAUUGGUGUUUUACAAUGGUAAUGUGGUAUCUGAUGAAUGUUUUCCACAUCAAAAUUAAAUUGAGAAAUAUUUAGAAUGAACACUUAGACAUCCUAUUAGAAAGUCUAAUUGCUCAAUACAAUUUCAAAAUUCAAAUCUUGAGAAAUGAAUUGCCCCUUUUUGAAUUGUUUGGGUAACUGAUUAGAAGCUUUUUUUCAAAACUUGAUCAUUUGAUGUGCUGUUAAUUAAAUAUGCUUAUAUUCCUGAUUUUUAAGAACUCUGUAGCAAUGUCCUUAAAGCUUUACUGAUCUAUAAUUGUUCAAUGGAUAUUCCCGUCCCUACCCACCCACCACAAUGUUCAAUAACUUAUAACUUUCAGAAUUCCAUUACCAAUUAAAACAGUUGCCAAUUUGACUUUUUGUACUAAAUUUAUUGCUUUUCCACAUCCUGUCCCUUUUUCUGUGUAGUUUUUGUUCCUUUUUGAUUUGCCUUUUUACUUGCACUUAUUUUUCUCUAAAUUCACUUUUCUUUUGUUCACGCUCUCUUUCCAUCUCAAUUGAAACGUUCUAUACCCAAGUCACUCAAUAGUUUGGAAAAUACUUCUUCUGCAGUUGAAGUGCAGCUAGAGUUUUCAAAUGUACCAGACUCCCGCUAAAAUGUACCAGACUUCCCGGAGGAAGCUUCUAAAAGCUGAAUGGUAUCUACUUUAAUAUUGCCUGUGCCAAAUUGAACUGUUUCCCUCAGAAUUUUGGUAUUUAAAGUAGUUAAAAUCAAUUCACUUUCACAUGUCGGUUGCCUGGAUCCGUGUUUUGUUUCCAAGUUUCUCUUUGAUUAUAUGUUUGUACCUUGCUGAAGGGAAGAGGUGAUGGUCUGUUUUAAAUGAAGUAGCACUCCAGGGUCUCUAGUUUGAGUGCCCCUGAAAUGGAAAUUAUACAAGGCAGUUUAGCAAGAUUUUGAAUUUUUUUUGUUUUAAAAUUGCAAUUAUAAAAGAUUUGUUUUGUGUUUAACUUUUUGUGGGCAAGAAUUGGAUGAUGAGAUGGGUUCAUGUUCACCUAUUAUGGGUUGGUCAGAAUUCAGCCCUGACUAAUCAGUUUCUGUCUCUGGCUACAAGAGUUUCACAUGAAAUGAGUAGACAGUCUCUAUCCAUUCCUAGAUAAGUAAAAGGCCACAGUACCAAACUGUCUCUUAGCAAUAUCUCUCUGCCCCAUAGUCAGUAUGAAGCCUGCUAUACUUCACCCUGCUGUAUUUGAAGGUGCACCUCAAAGCUUGAAGGACAUUGGGAAUUUGUUGACCUCCAAGAAAUCGUAAUACUUUUUUUAAUAUGAAGAAUGGAAGUGUGCUCCAUUUAUAUUUGUUUAAACUCCUGCUCAGUGGCCUCUGACCCUACCUUGAUCAAAAGGAUUUUUUUGUUAAAUGUGUGGUUAAAUUGCAAUACUGAGUUUGAAGGCAGUAGCCUAAAGACUCCUGCGAAUGAACCCACCUUAUGCAGUGUCUGCUGUAUUUAAGAAUUCAAUAUUGCUUCAUUUAAUUAGUGCCCUCACAAUUUUGUGGUUUCCAGCUCCAUUUAUAGAGACUUGUCACCUUCCUUAAAAGCUUUCUGUACAGUCCUGAGGACACCAUUCGAGAGAGUCUACUGUAUUUGAUUUUAAAAAAAUCAUUUUCUUAAUGAGACUAAUAGUCUUAAAUAAAACUGAAUUUUGAACAAAA